AGUGAUCGAUCUCAUCACCGGGUAAUCACUUGCAUCUCGCGUCACUACUUCAUCCUCUACCUUAUAUCACAACUAGCUAUCAGCAAUCACCUCACCUGAGUUUCCAAAUUGAAAUCGCAUCUUCCAAUACCAUAGUUGUAGAAGAAAAGGCUUCUCCAAACAUGGAGGUUGCACAGAAGUCUUGGGAGCUAGCCAACGACGUCCAGCUCGUCGAUCCCCAACGAGAUGCCCUUUAUAGCUACGACGACAAGGAACAAAGAGAAAUCCAACAAGCAAAGCCGUGGCGAAAAGACCCUAAUCACUUCAAGAAUGUUCGAAUCUCUGCUGUAGCGCUGCUCAAGAUGGUGAUGCAUGCGCGUUCUGGUGGUUCCAUUGAAGUCAUGGGCCUCAUGCAAGGGAAGAUUGCCGGUGACACAUUUAUCGUGACCGACGCUUUCAGACUACCAGUCGAGGGAACUGAGACGCGAGUCAACGCCCAAGAUCAAGCAAAUGAAUACAUGGUCUCCUACCUCCAGUCAUGUCGAGAUGCGGGGCAGAUGGAAAACGCUGUCGGAUGGUACCACAGUCAUCCCGGAUACGGAUGCUGGCUGAGUGGAAUCGAUGUCAAUACACAGAUGACGCAGCAGACAUUCCAAGAUCCCUUCUUGGCGGUAGUCAUUGAUCCAGACCGCACCAUUUCCGCAGGUAAAGUCGAGAUUGGCGCCUUCAGAACCUUUCCCGAAGACUACAAACCCCCGCGAGAGCCCGGAAGUGAUGAGUACCAAACCAUUCCGCUGGCAAAAAUCGAAGACUUUGGAGCUUGGUCCAAUCGGUAUUAUUCUCUGGAAAUUUCUCACUUCAAGAGCACUCUGGAUACGCAGCUGCUGGAACAACUAUGGAAUAAGUACUGGGUGUCGACUCUGAGUCAAAGCCCGCUCUUUACCAAUCGGGAUUACACAAACAAACAGAUUCUUGAUUUGGGUGAGAAGAUUCGCCGAGCGGAAACCAGUGUCCAGGCUUCCUCCAGGGGUGGAAUCGGCGGAAGAUCUAGCAAGGAUACUCAGCUAGACAAGGUAGUGAAGGAUAGCAACAAGAUAACUGGGGAAGAAAAUUCGGGUCUAAUGGCCAACCUCAUCAAGGCUAAGCUUUUCAACGGUGUUGGCGCAUCUGUACAAACCCCUUCCCAAGGCACGAACAUUUGAAAACUAAAGGGAGCGUUCCAUGGAGAGCAUAAAACAAGCUUGCAAUCGCAUUUCAUCGCAUCGGAAAAGGAGUUUUAGGAUGGCGUUCCUUUUCUAUAUUUCUAUCUACAUGAAUCGGAGAUACUUUUACUAGCGAGCUAGAUCUCCUUCUAAUGUACAAUCAGUCUAUUAUUCAAGCACCUUCAUUUCAUGCUUGUGUUCC